CGACGCGCUGCCAAGGCGAAUGGCAAGCCAGGCAAAAGCAAAAGCAAAGCAGAGAGCCGAAGGAAAAGAGGAAGCAUCCGAACCAAACAAGCGUUUAUUUUACACUUUGGCGAAUAUAUCGAGUGCGGCAAGCAUGUGCCGUUGAGCAGCAGACAUGGAAUCAAUUGUUUUGCACUCGGAUGUGGCUCGUCUGGUAUUGGGUUACCUGGUGAAUCAGGAUCUGAAAAAAGCCGCUCACACACUGUGCCGCACAUCGCCGCACUUGCGGCAGGAAUGCGUUGCCCUCAAGCGGGGCCUGCAGACGCACAACUUUCUCAAUGGCGGCCUGGAGGACAUCAUAUGCGAGCACGUCAAGAUCACUGGAUUGGUGGCCCAGGCUCUGCAGAAGCUGCCGCUGGAACUGCGCCAUCAAUUGCAACAGCUCAAGCUGUCCGAGCGCGUCUUCGAGCUGAUGAACAUGGAUCGCAACUCGAACACCAGCAAGCCAGCAGCAGCAGCAGCAGCGGGGGCGACCACCAGCACACCCAGCCGCGCGCAUCGCAAAAGGAGACGCAUACGCACCCAAUCGCCUGUAGGAUUCUCGCCAUCGCCCACGUUAAGCAAGCGUCCGCGUCUCCUGCCACCUUACAUUUGCUGCAGCCUGAACCGCGAUAAGUCGCACAUAAGCGGCUUUCUGGCCAGCCAUGUGGACGACGAUGACGAAGUCGAAGCCGACGAUCAGGAUGAGGAUGAGGAGGAGUCAGAUGCGGAGAGCACCUUGGCUAGCGAGGAUAUAGGAGAAGAGGAGAUGCCGCCAGAGCCGCGCAACAAUUCCACGCCACGUCAAAAUAACGACGAGGCCGAGCCGGAGCUAAUGCUUACCCCGCAAACAAUGCCAGAGCUAACGACGGCCAUUAUUAAUAAUCCCGAUUUCCGUGAGACUUUGGUCAAGAACAUCAAUGUGGCCCUACAGACGGUGACCAUUAACAAUCCCACAGUUAGCUGUGAUGCUAUCCUGGACGGCCUGGUGCGUAACAUACUGGAGGCCACCGAGAAGGAUCCCUCAUUCGAUCGUAUCAUCCAAGAGGUGGUGGGUGCCGACGAACCAGACACCAUGGAAGGCCAACCCAUAGAAGAAGAAGCAGUAGCAGCAGCAACAAAAACGGCAGCCGCUUCUCCUCCAGUACAAUUAGUGGCACAGGCACAGCCAGAGGCAGAGGAAGUGAUUGAGCCUGCCAAUGACCCGGAACCACCACAAACACCGCUGAUCAUACGCACUGCGGUGGCGGCUAAUUCAUGUGAUGAUCCCAACUUUUCCAUCUCCAAGCUGAUUGUGUUCAAUUCGAAUGAGAGUGUCCAGAAGCUGGUCAGAGCAGCAGAUCCCACCGGCAGCGCCGCCUCCACCAAUGUGAGCUUCACCAGUGAGAACCUUAGCCUGAACUUCGAUCCUGGGACCAUGCUGACAGAGGCAGAGGCUGCCGCCGCGGGUCAGGUGUGCGUGGAUGCCACCACUGGACAACUGACCUUUCCCAUGUUCUACUCGAAUGGAGGCAUGCUCUCCCAUCUGCCGUUUCUGGUGAACAACGAGUGGGUGGCCCAGCAGCUGGGCCCGGAUGCCUUCGCCAAUGCAGAGGACUCUCACAUAGAGAUCUCGCUGCCAGAGCCCAUUACCUUUACAGCCGACCAGCUGCCGCCCAAUUCGAUAAUCAUCAACAGUGCCCAGAAGCAGCCACCGUUGAUGCCAACCUCCCAGCUUAUCGAUGAAACGGCGGCGGCAGAUGCGGCGGGUGUCGUGCUGCAGGCUGAUGCAGUGGAGGAAGAGAAGCAGGCAACAACAGCACUAGCAGAAGAAAAGCCCAAGCAGCAGGAGGAGCAGCAGCAGCAGGAGCCUCUGGCAGGGCAAGCUGCACUUCCACCCGCUUCGCUGGACUCCUCGCGGAUGGUCAUCGAACGGGCGACACCCUCCACAUCGGGCAUCAUCAAUGUGAAGGCCUAUCGCAGUCUCUCAACGCCCCGCAAGCGCACCUCCCACGUGCGUACACUGACAUUCUCGCCGAAAGUGCCGUCCGGAAUGCUACCGAAUCCCAACACCACACCGCUGUCCACACGCAGGCUUGGAGUAGCCGCAGCCGCAGCCACUGCCACUGCCACUGCCACUGCCACUGCCGCUGGCAGGGCCAACGAGAAGCCCGUCAUCAAUAAUGUGGAGAUCAUACCAGCAGGAUCCGCGCUGGCGCCCGUUUCCGUUUCGGAUUUGAGUGCCACUGACACCGGACACGGUGUCCCGCCGCUGUUUGCGAUGGAAGAGUGCAGCAAUCAGACGGUGAUCAAGGCCUCAUCGGCCAAGAAAUCAAAGAAAAAAGCAGCGGAGGCAGCAGCAGCCGCGGCAGCUCCUGCCAUGGCCGCUGUGACGCCCAAGCGCAAGCAGAAGCGUCAGGCGGCGGUGAAUGCCUGCAAGAGGAUCAUUGCUCAGGCACCCGCACUGGAGGCGGAACCAACGGCAGUGGCCCCAAACGAAAGCGAGGAGGAGGCGUCGGCCAGCUCCUUGGAUCCCAAUGAUAGUGCCGAGGCCAGCAAAGAGAACCAACAGAAUCAGCCUCCAGAUGUGACCUCCUCAUCCACCAGCCAAAGGGAUCUCGAUGCGGGACAGGAAAUGCUGGCUGCCUGGAAUCGCCAGUUGAUUGGGUCCAGCAGCGAUCUGGAGAAUCGUCUGCGCGAGAUCAAUGCCAGGCAACAGGAUGAAGCACCAACCCCCGCUGUAAAGCAAACACGCCCCCGUCGAAAGGUGACGCCCACCGCCAAAAAGAAAAAGGAGCCCAAGCCCAAGGCCAAGCCAGAGGCCAAGGCCAAGCCCAAUCCAGAGGUCAAGGCCAAGCCGGAGCCCAAAGGCAAGUCCGCCAAAGCCAAAAAGCAGCAGCAAGAAGCGGGCGGCGGCACCGUUGGCGUUAGCAUUAAGAUCACGACGCCCCAAAAGCCAAAACCCAAGUCGAAGACCAAGAAAAUUAAGAAGCCAGUUGCAGCAGCCGCCACAGCAGAAGAUCCAGAAACACCAGCUCCCGUAGUGGAGAAAGAGCAUGCGCCAGAACCGGACGCCGGACCGCUGCCAUCCGCAAAUUCAGAACCGUUCAUCCUCAGCCACGACAUGGAUGAUAUAGCCGCCAACAUGGCCAUGCUACUGGAUACGCCCUUCAAGCAGCCGCCCAUUGGAUCUCUGAGCAGCAUUGGGCCCGUUCAUGGUGGGCCCAUGGGUGUGCCGCCCACGCCUGGUGGUAUGGCGAUCCUACCGCUGGACACGCCCUAUGGCAAGCUGCCGACCAGCUCGUUUCUGUUUGGUUCGGACACAAAGAGCAUCAUGGACACGCCACAGAUGAGCGCCAUUACGCCUGGUUUCCGUCUGACCCCAUUUGGCCACAGGUCGGGCACACCGCUGGGCAGUGCCGCCAAAACGGAUUACUCAUCAGGCAGCAGCUACUAUCGGCCGGACGAGGCCGAGCAUACGGAUGCGAAUGCGCAGUGCGCCAUCCAGCAGGGCGAGGAUUGGGAGGGAACAAAGCAGCAGCGGCAGCAACAGCAGCCAGAACCACAACAACAACCGCAACCAGCAGUAGCUGCAGCUGAAACAGCCCCCAAGGGAGUCCAGGAAGAGCUGGAUCCGAAUGAAGCUGCAGUCCUCGAUUUCGUGGAGGUUUGCACCGAGCGUCUGAUCAUGGAACCCAAUGUCCUGCGACGUGUGCGCUCUUUUGGAAGCGAUGCGGUCGACAGCAUCGAGGAGGCUACCGCCCUGGCCCUGGCCCUUGAACAGCAAGUGGAGGCGGCUCCGCCGCAUUAUAAACUGAUGCCUGGCCUGCCCGAAUCCGUGGUAGAGGAGGCAUGCAGCAACUCAAGUUCAUCGACGGCCAGCUCCUCGUCGAGCUCUAGCUCUAGUUCCAGUUCCUCCAGCAGCUCUUCUUCCUCCUCCUCCUCCUCCUCAUCCGCGUCAUCCUCGGCGCAGGGGAGCAGGAGCAGCCAGCAGCGGGAAAACGAAGUGGGAGACAGCCAGAAGACAGUGCGAAUCAGCCUGGACAAUCUCUCGAACAUCAGUAGCACCGAGGACGAGGAGUGGCUGAAGGCGGCAGCGGUGGCCCAGCCCCUGGCCAUCGAUUGCCAGCCGGGGCAGUUGGUCAGCCAGGAUGGGGAGGUGCGGUAUCCCAUUAGGAAUUGGCUGACGCCCAGCAAGGAGUCCUCUAGAGGAGGAUGCCCGCCACUUUCGCAGAUCCUAGCUCCGCCUGGUGAGCGUCAGGGACCCCCAGCUCUCGUACCGUUCGGUGCUGCAGUUAGUCCAACUCCUCCAUAUCUUCCAGCGAUGACCAUCAAAUUGACACUGCCGCCACGCUCCGCAGAGAAGCUGAACCAGCGCAUGCAGUUGCAGCAGCAGCAGCUGCAGCAGAUGCCGGGGUUGGAGCAGCCCUCGUCGUCUUCCAAGAUGAGCGACCAAAUGCACCAGUUGUUGCACGCGAAGCGGGAGCGCGUUGUGGCCAAGGUCAAGCUGAAUCCUCCAGCCAAAGCAGCGCCAAAGAAGCCGAAGCCCAAGAAGCUAGCAGCCAUGCGGGAGACGGCCAAACAGUCGAAUCCGCCCAUACAAAAAAAGCCCAAGAACAUAGCCACAAAGAAGAAGGCAGCAGGAGCAGCCCCUGCACACGAUCUCCCAACAUCAACACACGAACCCAUACCCACACAGUCACUGCCUGAACGGACUCUGGAUCCCCUGCUAUACGCCCUGAAUCUCUCCGCCAAGAAGCAAGAGCCGGGAGCAGUAGCAUCGGUAGCAUUAGCAGCAGCAGCCACAGCAGGCCCAGCCCCAGUCUCAGCUCCAGCUCCAGCCCCAGCCCUAGAGAUGGUAGUCAGCCACCAAAUGACCAAAUUGAGGGUGAAGGUGGCACGGAAAACGCAGGAGAUUGCCGCACAGCCAGCGCCACAGAAACGUGGACGUCCCAGGAAGCCGCUGCCAAAUGCAGAUCAGGCCAAGACCACCACGAGACGUUCAUCGCGUCUGAUAGACAACAAAACUCCCGCUCCGGAGGACGGCGAGCCCAAAGAGACGGAAAAUGAGGAGCAAACGAAGCCAAAAAAAUCAAACGGCAAAGCGGCCAGCAAAAAGAAACAGUCGUCGUCGUCGUCGUUGGCGUCCAAGAAGCGGCCAGAGGAUACAGCUACUGCUGCCACUGCAGGUCCCACACUGCCGAUGGUGGCCGAGGCACAGACCACACAGCCAUCGCCAGAGUUGCAGCAGCAGCUGCAGCUGAAGAUAGCCACACCCGAAGAGGAGGACGACCUGGACUACGAGCUGGAUCUUUUCCUGAGCAGAAGCCACGAGAAGAACACGUAUAGCUUUGUCUAUGCGGAUGCGGGGCCCAGGCAUAAGAGCCCAAAGCUAAGGCGGCGUUCGACUAGUUACUUCAAGAACUAUCACAUGCGCGUCAUGAUGGAGGACAAUCAAAUACACACGAUGAGCAUGGGCAGUCCUAAUGUGUUGGGCAUCAGCAGGCAACCGAGUAGCUCGAUCAGGAACAUACCCAAGAAGCGGAUACGCCGCCUGACCAGCGGCAGUGGUACUGCUACUGCUACUGCAGCGGGACCUGGAGCUGGAGCUGGAGUCAGUGUCCAGCCAAUGGCCACAUCCACGCCAGUGGCGAACAAGCUAAUGUCUCGCAGUGAUCCGAUGCAGCAGCAGGAUGAGAAUGAUCUGGAAGUGGCGGCCAUCAGCACUACGUGUGGCCACAAGAUGAGCGAAAACAGACGCAGCGCAGAUCAGCAGCAAGAUCAAGUAAAUGAAGCCAUGGAAAUUGAAGAUAUCGAGUCCAUACUCUCCCAUUUGCAUGGCACUUGACUUGGCUUGUGCGGGUGGCUGGAAAACGAAACCGGAAAGCUGCUUUUCCCAAAUAGAUACGGAAACUAUGUACAGUCUACACACAUCCCUCUACUGCUCUCAUAGCCCCCUCUCACUCGCAUUCAUGUAGAUUUAUAUAGUGCAUCAUACAUAUAUUUGUAAGGAUUUAACUGAAGGCCUCUUUAUUUUAUUUUAGUUUUUUUUUAGUUUUUUUUGUUUAAAGAAUUUAUCAAAGCAAUAUGUGGACUUGCAUAUAUGUGGAAUACUUACUACCUAUGACCUAUAGACCUAUCUAGACUAAAGAUAGACGCAUUGAAAUCGUCUCGUUGGAAGUGAAGUGUUUUGUAUAGUAUUUAUUUUCGUUUGUAAGGUCUAAGGAAUGAGCAGACGGGACGGAUAUUCACUCAACAUUCUCACAUCACCUGAAUAACAAAUGUUUCAUUUACGAUACACAUAUGUAUGUAUUAUAUACUGCUACUAUUAUAUCGAUAUCUAAAUACCUA